ACAACAUACAAAUAAUAUAAAUUUCUAACAAUAUAUAAUUAAUAUUUGGUGUACUUUUCGUGUCUAGUGUUGGAUUGGAUCCUCCCAAAAAGGAAAAUCUUACUUCUUCUUCUUCAGUUCUUCCUCCAAAUAUUUCUUCACUUGAAGAUCAAGUCUGGUAGUGUUAAUGGCGAUCAUCAAACUCCAUGGAAGCCCAAUAUCAACCAACACACAAAGGCCUCUGGUUUGCCUUUACGAGAAACACCUCCACUUCGAUUUCAUCCCCGUCGACAUGUCUGCCGGAUCUCACAAACAAUCACCUUUCAUUUCCCUCAAUCCAUUCGGUCAAGUUCCAGCUCUCGAGGAUGGAGAUUUACAGCUAUUCGAAUCUAGGGCAAUUUCGAAUUACAUAGCGGAAGAAUACUCUGAAAAGGGAACGCAAUUAGUGUCUUCAAACUCGAAGGAGAAGGCGAUUUCGUUGGUAUGGAUGGAGGUGGAAGCUCAUAAAUUUGAGCCAGCAGCUGCGAAAUUGUCGUGGGAGUUAUUCUACAAGCCCAUGUUUGGGAUGAAUACUGACCAAGCUGUGGUGAAGGAGAACGAGGCCAAAUUGGAGAAGGUUUUGGAUGUGUAUGAGAAUCGGCUCACGGAAUCCAAGUACUUGGGCGGUGAAUGUAUUGGUUUGGCUGAUCUUUACCAUCUUCCUAAUUUGCAGUGCUUGUUGGGGACCACUUUGAAGAAGCUGUUCGAGUCUCGGCCCCAUGUUAAUGCUUGGGUGACUGAUAUCACUGCCAGGCCAGCUUGGUCUAAGGUCCUUGCCUUGAGAGGUUGAUCACUAACUUUAGCCCCUAAGCUUCAUGAUCAGCUACUGCUACUCUACUUAAGUAGUCAUGGACCUCAUCAUCGUGCUUAUGAUGAUGGAAAUUUAAUGGAAGUUUGAUUAUGAUAUUGGGUGGAGUUAUUGACCAUAAUAAUUAAUUGUGUUUUUUAUGAUCUAUGUGUAGUAUUUUCUGAGUAAAAUUAAGGUGUUUGCUGAGAUUAAGUGAUCAGUGCUACAAUUAAUCUAAAUUGAAUUUCUAGCAUUAACCAUUUUUC